CAGCGAUUUGCUGACGUUCUACUCAAAGAUGGCGGUGAUGAGUACGCCAUGUUUUUUUGUGAUGUUCGCGCAUUAGACAAAUUUUUUGAGAAUCGUAAUUCGUAUGAGCAAAAUGGCUGAUGAUGACCCGUGGUUAUUGAAGGAAGACGGUUAUUUAAACGUGGACAUCGAGUGCAAAAAUAUAAUCUAUCAUGCUAAUCUAAAUGUGUUACUAAUCACCACUGGCAGUGCGCAAGUAUACGUAGUUGAUGUCAACUCAGGAGAAAUAUUGCAAAAGAGUUCAUUGUCGGGAAAAUCACAUGGGAAACUUCAAGGUACAUAUUUAUCAAAUGGUGUAGAUAAGGUAUUAUAUACAGAUGGGAGAGGAAUUGGAGUACGUGGUGAAUACAAUGGUAUACUCCUUUUGGACACUCUUUUACAAUCGACCGUUUCUCGAAGUGAACAUGUUGUAAAGCUAGAGUUAAUGUUUUCUGAAGCUAAUUUGUUAUGUCAGUGUCUGCAAUGUGUAGAGCUACCAGGUGCAGAUCACGUACAAGAAGUGAUCCAAGAAUUAACAAGUAAAACUUUUAGUGUGGAAGCAAGUCAAAAGAAAGGGAUCAAAGCCCAAAAAUGGAAUACAGUAUGUCUGGAACUACCGCAUGGUUCCUUGAAGCUCGUGUGUUUGGCGCUAGUAGCGGAAUUGAAGAGAUUGAACAAACAUAUACCCGCGUUGCCAAUUGCUUCUGCUAUCAAUGAACGAUUAAAUGGCCUAUUACCAGGUCUGGCAUUAGAAGGGAGUCUUGCCGAUAGAGCGUUAAUGUUUAGUGAGGAAGUUCGCAGGGAAACUUUCUCAAAAUGGCCGCAUAUAAACUACGAAUGGGCUCUACCCGACCAAAUGGCUCAGUUCGGUUUAUACCACCACCCAAAUGGAACAGGUGAUGAUAGGGUAAUGUGCUUCACGUGUAAUGUUUGUUUAGUUUGCUGGGAACCAAAGGAUGAACCUUGGUCAGAACAUGAGCGCCACUCUCCCGUGUGCCCCUUCAUCAAAGGGGAGUACACGCAAAACGUUCCUUUGUCUGUUACCCUUGCUACCGCUCCUGCACGUGAGACUGGUGUCGGAAUAGACGUGAUUAGCACUACUAAUGUCAAUGGUCUGGUGGCUACAGCUUCUUUCAGUAAUGGUUCUGUAAUAAUAUGGAAUGUAAAAAAACAAGUGAAGAAGGAAGUAUUGUUUUUUGUGGCUCCGAUUGAACAGGAAAUAAACAACAAAGAAAGCAUACAGUUUGGUUCUAGCAGAUCCUUGUCUUCGUAUUUAAGAACGCUCAAUACAGAAACGGAUUCCCUGACCGAAUACAAGUAUCCGGCAUCUCAUAAAGUGCAGAUCACAGCGCUGUCUCUAGUAGGACCUCCUAAUUCGCAGAACAGUGAUGCAAAAACCUCUGGUUCGAUGCUUCUGACUGCGGAACCAUCGGACUCUAAAAUUAGGCCAUGUGUAAUAUGUGCUGUUACAGUGACAGUCAGUAACCCAUCGCAGUUAAGGACUUUAGAAAAUGUGUGGGCUGCUUCGACGCAUCUGGCUUCCUCGUCGUCCCUCGUUCGUGCGAUGAACAGUGUAAAUAGUGCUGCCAGUGACACUUUAGACAUAAUGAAGGUGGCAGGUGAUAGGUAUACACCGUCGAAACUGCACUAUUUGGUACUUUAUGAUUUCCACCACAAAACUACCACCACGCAACCGAUAAAGGAAGAUAAUGCAAAGGACUCGAAAGCGAAGAAGACACUGUCAGUAACCGGAACUAGCGCCAGUUCGAAUGGAGAACGUCAAGAGAAUCCCUAUCAAGAUUUCUUGCUCGGCAAAUUUUUGUACGAAGUUCCAGUGAUAGAGGAUGUAGAUUCAGAUCUAGUAGUUGGUUCGCAGUUUGAUGGUAUCUUUUCAGCGCCCGCACUGACCGCGUCGUCCUCCAAUGGAAUUUACUCAAACCCCAUUGGUAUUACAGUACCACCUACAUCAAGCUCGUUCGAUGCGAACUUCAAUCCUAUCAGUGGACCAGAACAUUUCGCAUCGACGUCCGACUUAGCGGCGGUGAACAAAAAGAGCCUGGACAUCCUGAAGAUAACGAAGACUGAGCCAGUUGUUAUAAAAACGUUGCCCAUCGAAGCCCCUGAUAACGUCAAGAUCACGUAUGUUGGACCAUCUGUCGAUGGAAGGCACGUCUAUGUGGCUAUGUGUCCUACAACAGACAGUGCAGAUUGUUCAGGUUCAAAUAACAAUCAGAUGGAUGUCGACGAAGACAAUGAAUUUUUCCCACAAAAGGGCUAUAUGUAUUGGGACCAUGAUACACAGUCCAGUAGAUUAAUCAACGGUGAAGUACACGAGGAAGCGGCCAAUGCUAACGUUAUAUUACUUGUGUAUGCCCUGGACUUUUCUGGACCAGUCAUCAAAAUAUGCUCGGAGCCAGUAGCCAGGCGAGAACUAUUAGCAGAAGAAGCACCUCUGGAACAUGUCUUCCUACCUCUUCAAAGAAAGAGCAGACAUCCACUGUAUGGCAAGAACACUAGCAAAGGUCCUAACACUAAUUCGAUUGUGGAACCUGUUGGGCAGGUGGUAUUAAUCUGCAAGGAUGGCGUGAUCAGAGUAUUAAACUUAUCAUCACUGAAGACUGUCACUGAAGCAAGAGUCGAGGGAAAGAAAUUCAUUUCUGCAGCUUAUUGCAACAGUUUGGAAAGGUUAUGCGCAUGCACGAGCGAUGGUGAGCUCCAUUUCUACAUCACCACCGAUGAGGAAGAUUCUAUAGAGGACAGAGAGGGUAUUGAUGAUGUUACUAUGAUGACAACAGAGGAGCUCUGCAAUAAGAAAAUAAUUCCCAGCACGUCCACGUCGUCCGGUUUUCAGGACUCCUUGAUCGCGCACAAACCAAACUUCUCACAUUCAGAUUUACGCACUUUGUACGAAUUGACGAGGUUUGACCGUGAGUCUCCUGCGUAUGGUGCUACUGUUCCACCUUGCUGGCACGAAAUGAUGCAGGGUAAAAAGCAGCGUCGACACCCGCAGCAACACCAUACGAGAAUUUGGCGUUUGCACGAUGAGUGGCCCACAUGGGAUGAGUAUGUAUUCGAGUUGACCCUUCCUCGAAGCGCGGCAGGAAAUGUUGGCCACGUCGAUGUGAAGUUUAGUGUAUGUUCCAAUCGCCAGGAAUUACCAAUUAUUCAAAUAACUCUACUAAAGCAAAACGUGAGGAGAAUUGGCAACCACAAGAUGCCAUUGACUUCGGUGGACGAGAGAAUAGACUUUAACAUAGGUAACGAGCAAAAGACGGAGAAUCCUGUGGUGACGGAGGAGUAUCAAAGGCAGCACAAUGCGGAAAUUUUAUGCGGGCCCAUUGAGUUGCAUCGGUACAUGGAUUUAACGUGUCGAUCCGGCUGUGUCACGCUUACCAGUCCCAAACUGUUCCGAACCAAAGCCAGAACUCUUCUUGUUCAUAUUAAGACUUUGGCUGAUCCAUCAAAGGAUGGCGUGACGAUGAAACCGAAGACUAACGUAUCAGCCAAUAAACCUUCUACUUCAAAGAAGUUGAGGAGAUUCGAUAUUGUGCGACCUUUUCACUCUAAAGACACUUCAGAACGAUUUACUGAAGACGCGAACAGCAAAAACUUUGAUUGUGAUAUUGCAUGCGAAUGGAUCCAGGAAAUAGCUAUCACCGUCAGAACGAUGCAACCGACUAAUGUACCAAAUGAGAAAGCCGAGCGUUGUGCUAUGUUAGAAUCGAAGGCAUGUUUCGAGAAUCUAUUAAGAGUAGCUUGUUUGGAAACAGCUGACAAGUCGCCUGUUACGCAGUCCCUUGCUUUAGACAUUUUAAUAUGGAUAACGACUAUCAGAUUGACGAGGCUUCGCAGUAGCCACAACAACGCGAAAAUAAUAUCGUUCGAAUUAAAAACAAUCCGUUCUGUCCAAGCGUGGUUACCUAGUUUACUAAAAACUUGUCUUUUACAUGCUGGUCGAAGCGUAGCACGCAAGUGUAUAAAAUUAAUUAUGCUUUGCAGCAGGGAUUUUUAUAAUUUAGAACAUCCGCCUUUUAAUUUUUUCGAUGAGACUUUAGUUUCUGUGUUGGUGAAGUUGUUACCGUCAAUCAUAGAGGUUCAAUGGGCUGGUUCAUUAAGGUGGCUUCAGCUGUUGAUCACUAGAAUCUUACCAUUGGAUAGAGAUCAUAGCAUCGCUCAACAGUGUGUCACUUUAAUACAGCAAAUCGCAACAGAAAUAGCGAAUCGAGCGAAUCCUUAUCAUUUAUUGCUUGCAACAAGGUUUGGUUUGUACAGUACACCUUUUGAAACGGAGCUGUUCGACUUGGACCCACCAAUGCCUCCAAAGUAUAGUCCGCUGCCAUCCGCAUAUGUGUCAGCAGCAGCUAACGAUCAGACAGUGACAUUGGCUGCAUCGUCCAGCACCAUGUUUUCUCAAGAUGCUAUUGAUUUGAGGGACCUACUCACGCUGCCUACACAUCCAGCUAGCGAACUGGUGAUGCCUAGUAAACUAAAGGCUUUAUGUACAAAUCAUAGUAUGAAGGGACUGUUAGAGGUUGAGCCGCUCCAUUUUUCUUGUCACGCUGUGUCGAACGGUACCAAAAUGGAGAAAAUAGAUCCGUGUAUGAGUAUUAAUAAUAUGGGAGCUCCUCUGUACGAUAGCACAGUGACAAACAAUAACGGCGUACCUGAUAUCAAAACUAUUCACCAGAAUUACAACUUGGAUGCUGGAUCGCUAGGACCAGAUGUUCAGGCUAAGUCGACACCUAUAUUAAGCGAUCUGCUUAGUCUCUGUACAGGAAGAGCGUUAAAGAAGCCAGCUUCGCAACUGAUGUUUACGCCUGAUAAUCAAUCAGACUGUGCCGAAGCUAACGAUAUGUCGGUGAACAAUCAGACGUGGCAUGACACGCAAUCCGACAUGCCUAAUUCGCAUAUAUUAAAUUCUGCUUUAACGAAAGAAAAGUCGUCCAUACAAAAUCUCGGUACUACCCUAAACAAUGUCGAAGACAGCAAUUCUAAAAAGCGGGACGACGUUGCAUUUCCAUGGGGAAGAUUACUAUGUUGGCCACCGCAGCAAGCAUUAGUGGUUGACAGAUUGCAUUCUGGGGCACGUCGGUUCGUUAUCCUGGACUUUGGAUCACCAGUACUGCUCACCGACUUGAUAAUUCCUUCCUGUAGUGACUUGGCAUCGUUAACAAUAGAUAUAUGGACUAAGAACGAGGACAUUGAUAACACCAGACUAAUUGUCACUACCGAUAUUGCAAGUAAGCCGUUGGUCGUGUGCGAUCUCCAACCGCCUCCAGUGUGUAGAUAUCUUAAGAUUACAACUAUAGGUCGCUAUGGCAUGACUCCAACCAUGUGCAAAAUACCAUUAGGACUUUUCUAUGGACACAUGGUGGUCCUACCAGGAGAAGACUACGCAGAAUUGCACAAUUCUCCUGCAACCUUUGAUAAUUUCAAUGCCUCUGUGCAAUCCACCAUCGACACGCAGUGUAACAUUUUAUCUGCCCUCGCAGAGGAUGUCCAGUGCAGGUUCAGCUUGGCCACCGAACGAUUAAAGAGCCUAUUAAAUCCACUGUUGUGUUCAGAGACCACGAAUUUUAUGCAUAUGCAGCACUACCUUUGUUACAAUAAAAUCCCCAAUGUAAAUAAGGAGCAGCCGUCUACGAAAAUAUUGGCAACUUAUCAGGAAUGUAUAAUGUUUCAACAUCAGUUAAAUGUUGUACAUAGCGUGUGGAGACGUUUGGAGUCCUGGAGAGGCUCUCGGAGCGUACCAUCGAUGCUUCUAUCGAAUGCACCUAGUGACAAACUGCGAGUUUUAGGGGAGACAUUGCUCGAUAUUCUUUUAUACACUGUGUACGAAGUCGGCCCCGUACCAAGUAUUCCGAUGUCCAUUUGUGACGUCUUUACGCCUACAGUGUGCGAAAAGUUUUUCCACUCGAUUUGCGUGGUCACGCCAGCCCCGCGCUUGCAGUUGUACGCUGUCGCACUUUUAGCACGCAUGGCUGGUCAUCAACCUUGGUGGGGUAACUUCUUGUCCAAUACGCUGAUCAACCUGUACUCGUCCUCAUCCACGCACAUAUUUCCUCAGGAUAGGGUAUUCAUUCUGCUAACGUACCUUGGACGUAAAUUGCUAAUCGCUGGUGUCAAUAGAUCCUCGGUGAUAGACGCGAUGGUUCGCACUCUAGGGAAAUUACUAGCACCGUUGUCGACUCCUCCGGCAUCUAGUGCUAAUCGUUUGGAUAUAACACUGAUUGGCUGGGUACUGCUCUUUUUGUCCGUGUGCUUGGACACUGUGGCCAUUCCGCCUCCCUGUUCAGAAGGAAAUGGCGAGAAAAAUAAAGACCAAGGUUUUUCGUCACGUUGGGAGUUCAUACAGGGGGAGUCGGCAAUGCAGAGAAAGUAUGGCAGUGCCAAUCGCUCUGUUAUUCCCUGUACCCACCAUAAGAAGCUACAGAGACGUAUAAUGCAAUACAAUCAACGCUUUCAAGAACUGGAACAAGCUAUAAAUGAGUUUCAUUACUCGUCACAGGGUUGGGAGACUCUUUCCUCGCAUACUGCCUCGUUAAGCAGUAAAAUAGAAACGAUGAAGACUCAAGACCGUUACUUCAAGAAGCAUUACACUGCCAAGCAUUGCAAAGAUCUUUUAAUGAUUCGAAAGAGUGAUCCGCAGCAUUCUUCGCGAAUUACACGGACGCAGACGCAGACACAAUCACAUAAACCGGAAUUAAUGGACUUGAACCUCGAGUACAUAUCCAAUCUGUCUCAUCAGCACGUUCUACCAGUAGCACGAGGACUAAUCGCGUUGAUCUUGUGCAAUUCCGCUAACGUGGACAUGUUCCUGUUAGCCUGUAAGGUAGUCGCUAGGCUAGUGAUAUCCACACGUCCUGCAAUUAGCUUGUGUGAGCUCAUGAGCGAGGAACAGCUCUUAAAGUUAGUCAAACUGGCAACGGGUAACUCGGACGCUGCCUGGACUUCUCACGCAGUCUCGUGUCUCUUGCAGGAUAUACUUGAAGCGUGCUCUGCGUACAAGGCAAGUCCUUCAGAGGAGAGUUUCGAGUCUCUUGCGACAGAGAAAUGUCAGCCAAUUGAUGAAGAGUCAGCCGGCGCGGCUGGAACGAGCGGUGCAACAGUUACUUUAGGCAAUGACGAGGAAUUCACAGCGGUGGAGGUUGAGGAAGAUACUCAGGAUAGUAUAGGAGCGUCCACGGCAGCUGCUGCUUCAACAUCAAAAUCUAAUGGAUUCCUUCCUUCUCUCAUGGAGUCUGAUGACAGUGAAGUGGAGGAUUUUUUGGAUGACAUCUUAGAACGAGGUAGAAACAUGCUGAAGAAAGAGAAUUUAAUGUUCAAGACCUUGGCGAGCUCCAGCAUUUCUUCGGCAAUGGAUGCAAGAUUAGAAUAUGGAUUGGAUAUGGGAAUAGAAGUAUCGUUGAGACUAUUGUCCACUUUAGGAAUGUACAAUUUACCUCAAAGUAUAAAUGCAACAAUACAUGUUCCAACAGAAUCGAAUCGUUCUCCACCACAACCACCAUUAAAGGAUACCACAGUUCCAACAGAAUCGAAUCGUUCUCCACCACAACCACCAUUAAAGGAUACCACAGCUUCCAGUUUGUUAAUGUUAACCAGAUGUUUCGAUAAGAUAUUCACGGAUCUAUAUCUACAGAAUGUAGGGACGAACUUGGAGUUGAUCUUGCAAUUAUGGUUAACAUUGUACUUGGAUUCUUCUUCGGAACCGGCUAACUCUUCGAGUCAAUUUAAUCCACCGCGAACACCUCUUGUUCCUUUGAAUUCUGCUGCUAUUUCCAGUCUCAUAUCUGCUCUAAUAUGGCAUCCAGGAGUUUCUCUGAGAGCUUGGUGUCUUGCUCUGGAGUGCCUGAGUCUUGCGACCAAACAGCCUGAAGAAGUAGAGGCUAUCAUAGUGGAUCGUAACUUGGGUCCAAUGCUUCUGCGCUUGCUUUCCGGAAGUGGAUUGAACAUUAACGCCAUGGACAAACAAUAUAUCAUGGCUGGACCUAUUGUAUGCCAAGCGCUACAAGACUUUCUCAGUAGGGUAAAAGUGAGAUCCGACAUCUUUAUAAGAAUUAAAUUUAAGGAGCAGCUGUUGUGGGUGGUGUACCAACUUUUACAGCCCGGCGGAGCUCUUUCUGCAAGGAGAGGACCUCUAGAUGCACAGUACAAAUUUAUCACGUUUUUAACAACUUUGAACUUUUAUCUCAAGAUGCACUUGGAAACCGUGAUGAACGUGAUCGAGUGCAUCGGGGUGCUAGUGUUUACUUAUGUCAGGGGUUCUGGAGUCGGGGUACAAUGCAGUGGUUCAGUGGAUUUAGCGAAUCCAUCCGGUGAAUUUUGCGGCUUGUUCGCAUGCGUACUGGGUGGAGAUGUUCGGCAAGAUCGUCUGGUUUCAUGGGACACCUUGAUUGUCGCUCUCAUUAAAUUAGUAUGGCAUCUGGCUCAAACACCUGUGACUGGUAAGUUCUCGGCAACUGAUCUCGGCAAGGGCGGUCGUGGUUCAGCAGGCGACGUCAACUAUGCACAGAUGUUCAUGAAUAUCUCCGAAACAGAGGAGGCCACAGUUGCAGAUCAGCAAUCUUCCUCUCGCAUGCAACAGUCUCCACCUAACAAAGCUAAUCAAACGCGGCCCCGGGUUGCUGACGCAGUUUUACAACACGAACCUACGAUGAUGCGACUACUGGGGGCACUGGGUCACAGCACUGGCUCGUCUUUGGCCAUGCUCUUAAGCAAGGGCACCGGAGCAGGAGCAUCAACCGAGCUGGAUGACAUGGCUUCGAUCCCAGAUGCCAUAUUCCAACUUUUAACCACGCUUACAGAGAAAGCCAGCAAUCGUAGUUUGGUCCUCAAUCCUCUCUACCAGUAUCUCUCUUCUUCGUCAGGACAAAGGGAACUGGAUCGUCAGUUAGGUGUCAUGCAGUUAUCCGAGCCACUUCUCUGGUAUAUUCUGUGGGUCUUGGACAAUGAAGUAUCCUUGGCGAUGUUCACAGCGAUGGGUGGUGUGAGAGUGCUUUGUGAGAAUUUAGUAAAGUCAGUAAGCGGAGGCAACAAUAAUUCAGCAUCGCCUGGUGUAAUCGCAUUAGUCAUGGAACACCUUUCAAACGCUCCUAACUUGGUACCAGCGGCUUCGACGAGCAGCAAGAAAUCUGUAAACACCUUGGAGGCCCAUGAUGAUGGCUUGCUAAAUUUUGCUCCACUAGGAACCAUAUCUUGGUUGAAUCCCACUGCGCAACCAGCCGACGUUCUGAUACAACAGAACACCACUCCUCAGAAACGAGCCAGGACUGCCGCCUGGUUGUAUCAUUGCUAUCCUGACGAAGCGUGGGUGGAUCUUACGAUUACAUUACCCUGCGCUAUACUACUAAGAAAAGUCGAGUUGCAGCCACAUCUCACGUCUCUAGCCACAUGUCCAUCGGCUGUAGCCAUUGAAGUUUCACGUGAAACUGGCAGCCCACUGACCCCCGUCUGUCCACCGAUGCCAACAGCAGGAUUAACAUUCAUAUGCAUCACGCUUUCUCAGCCGGAAGUAGUAACUUGUGUGUUGGUGCGGUUGUACAAGCCACAUGACUCGACAAACAUAAGUCUUAGCCAAAUCAGACUGCUGGGUACAACAGCGUUCGGUGAAAUAAAAACGAAUCACGAUACGAUUGACGAGGAGCAGCUUACAAAGACGAGCUCGCGUUGGUUGCGGUUGCUGCAUCAAUGUCUGUUUGUAAGCGCACUGAAUCCUAAUCUUGCUACCAAGGUGUUAAACUCAGCUGCCUCGGUAGAUGGACUGGUGGAGGCUUGUUGCAACCUUCUUUUGCUCUCAGUACCGUCUUUUUUCACACCGAAUUUGGAGACGGUCUUAUUUCAAUUGGGCUUGCACUCUAGAGAACUUGGACUACGAUUGAUUGGACUCUUGCUGAACAACAGGUCUACUCCCUUCUUUCAAGGCGCAAUAGCUACGCAAGAGACAUCAACGGUACAGCUGGUUGUUGAACUGGUACAACAGCUCUGCUCUAUACAAGACUCUUCUACGGAAGCUCGUAUGAUCGCGGUGUUGUCUUGGCUUCAUGCUUCAGCACUCAAUGGAGUCUCUAAACCAUGCAGCAGCCCUAACGCCAUCAGUCCACCAGCUGUUUAUAUUCAUUGUGUGUCUUCCAUCAUAUGGAAGGCCCAUCAACAACAGAACCUGAAUUAUGAUCUGCCAGCGUUGCUAACGGACGAGCUCUUUAACGCUCUGUACCAAUGGACUUUGACUUUGGACACAGCUUCAGUUCUGAAACAAGCAAUUGACUCCGCUCUAUGCGCCUUUUGCUAUGUGAGGCCGACGUUGUUCCCUUUGCUCCUUCAAAGAGUACGGAUCCUGGUAGCAAACACAUCGACGGACUACCCUGCAUCUAUGGAGGGUGAUAAGAAGGAAAGAGAUGGGCUGAUCGACGAUAAAAAUGCUGGAUUCCCCGGUGAGGAAUGGUCUUGUCGUCAUCAGUUGUCAGGGUGUAAAUGGCUAAACUUGACAGAGGGUCAGUUGUUGACUGUUGCCGCGGCAGCACGGUCCCCGCCUGGUAUUCAACAGUUGAUCGAUUCUGGGUUUCCUUCUCUGUUGAUCUCAACGAUCACUGAUUUUUGUCAUUUGGAGGAGUCCAAGCAGCAACAGCAACAAAGGAAAAAAUCAUCAUCGGAGGAAUACUGUCAAGGCAAUUCUGCAGGCACCAGUUUUGGUGAUGCUGAUAAAGCCAGCGAAACAUCUACACAAACAAAUAGUCAUUCCGAUGGUUUAUGUUUGACGGAACCAGACAGCAUAGCAAUGGUGUUAGAGUUCUUGACAUUGGUAUGCUCAGAGGGCAGGAUGCGUGAUUGGCUUGGCAAAGAGGGUCAUGGGUUUUGGUUGCCUCUCCUCUUACUCUUGAGCAAUCGAGUUGUGGAGAGUCCAUCUGUAUCCUCAUCAAGGUGUUCCAAAACGAGCAUCUCGUAUGCCACACUUGAGAGUGCCAUCAUUAAGUUCUUGUCCAGGUGUUGUUGGUGUCACCUCGAGAAUCAAAAAUUGCUAGCUAAGUUAUUAACUGAUGUCAUCUCGCAACAACAAAUAACUUCUAAUGCAUGGUACUUUCACGGAAUUUCGGGCUUCACAAGAAGGUUGAUCCUGCAAUUAUUACUGGAAGGUGAAAAAGUGCUGGUAUCCGUGACGUCGGAAGCACCAGUGAAAGUUCCAAAUAGGGCAGCAAAUUACAGUAUGCCUUCUAUGUCUCCGCACCCUGCCCACCCGCUGGGUCAUUACCAGCAAUUAUUGUAUAUGUCUACCCAAUCGACUGUAGCAGACAUAUUACAGCAAGUGUCUGGUACUUGGUUCCUACUAUUGCUGCCAAAUACAUACAAGAGUAACGAGACUGGAUCUACUAGCAAUCGAUCCAGAGAGGUUUGGGAGUCAGGCAUGGCUAUUAUAGUAAACAAACUGAGCGUAGCCGCAGGAAAUACAGCGAAAGAUAAAAGGGCUAAAGAAGCAUCGAAUAGAUCACAAGCACGUGGACCUACAUUCAGAAAGUUUAGGGCCAAUUCUGAGGCAUCAUCUAGUACGACGACCAAAACAACGAGCAAUAACGUACAACCGAAUUCUAGCAGUUCCACGAAUCAGCAGUAUUUGAUACACGCGUCUAGACCAAACAUCCCCCUACCACCAAGACUGACAAUUGCUCAGCUAUUGGCUAUCGCCGAAGACAGCGGGAUAUCGUUAUCGGAGCCUUGCUUGCAUCUCAUAUUGCGCCAGCGUAACAAAGAUUCAAAAGAGGACCUGACGAAGCAAAAUGAAAUCGAUUUACUAAACUAUAGGAGUAUAGAGAGUUCUUUGGGAGUGUUUAGUGCCGGUGGCGGGUUGGCGAUUCUGGCAAGGCAUCUGCCUCUGGUGUACCCGGACUCUAGAAGACCGCCGCCAAUUGCCGAGAAGACGCCCUCGUCGGAGCAGACCUGUACAGACUGGGUGGAGAUAGAGGAUGGGGAUAACAUGUAUGAGCUCAUAGAAGAGGGUGCGAGCACUUCUUCUCCGCAAGCGUCGUCUUUAGCUCCGUACGUUCCUCCACAUUCUCUGGCAGCGUUUGGCUUGUUCUUGCGACUUCCGGGCUACGCGGAAGUCCUACUUAGACAUCGGAAACGAGCGCAAUGCCUGCUGAGGUUGGCGUUGGGCGUCUCAGACGAUGGCGAAGGGGGGGACGUGUUGACUUCCCCGUGGGCAGCUUCAUUGCCAACACUACCGUUUCAAGUAUUAAGACAGGUGCUCGACGCUACACCAUUAAACACCGAUGACGGCAUACUGCUGCGCAAGACGACCAUCGAGGUCGGCGCCAUGCUCCUCCUGCUAAACUGUUUGGCGAUCUUUACGCAUCAAACCACCCAGAAUGAGAAUGCUGAGCAAAAGGGAGGCGGGAUACAGGGCGAAGCGGGUCGCAGCGACGACAAUUCGCACCUGUACUGGGCGAAGGGCACCGGGUUUGGCACCGGGUCCACCCAGCAGUCGUGGAACAUCGAACAGGCGCUGUUGCGCCAAAGAUCCGAGGAGGAACACGUCACAGUAUUAUUGCAAGUUCUCGCCAGCUAUAUAGGACCCGGGGGCCAGAAGCAAAGGGAGCUGCCCGCACCCUUCCCAGACUUGCUGGCGAUGUCCUGUUUGCUCCCAGCUUUGUCCUCGUAUUUGAGGAACGACUCUGUCUUGGACAUGGCCAGGCAUAUUCCUUUGUACCGAGCGGUGUUGCAACUACUCAGAGCUAUGGCUCGCUCGAACCAGUUGGCACAGCUUCUGCUGCCUAAGAAUAGCAAGCCCAGCGAGCCUUCCAUCGUGUCCCUUCUGUCCAGCAUGAAGGUCUGCGUAGAUAUCUAUGUCCAUAAGAUCAACCGCACAAGAGGCAACAAGUCGAAGACCUUGUUCAAAUAUCCGGAUGAUACCGAGCAGGACGAAGGAUUGGCUACCUUGAUCCCUGACAUUCAGGAGAGCGCUACCAUAGUACAAAACGCUACGGCAAGGUUGACGGCUAUGGACGAGGAUUUGCCUGGACCCAGCCCAGCGGGCCCAGAACUGCCACUGAGGUCGAUAGAGCAACGAUAUUUAGAAGUUAUGAAGAACUUGCAGUUUGAUACGUACGAGAUGAUCACUGAAAAUCCAGAGUCGGGGGGAUAUAAGUUCGCAGUCUCGUAUCACUUCGAAUUUAAUAUGAGGACAGCUGGUGAGAGAAGUCAUCCUGCCAGGGUCAAGAGAUUGGCACAAGAAGCUGUGACUCUAUCGACAGCUCUACCUUUGUCGUAUAGCAGUAGCGUGUUCGUCAGGUGCGACACGGACAGACUGGAUGUGAUGAAGGUGUUGAUAACGGGUCCAGCGGAAACACCGUACGCAAACGGAUGCUUUGAGUUCGACGUGUAUUUCCCUCCGGACUAUCCUCACAGUCCAAUGUUAAUAAAUCUAGAGACUACUGGUCGCCACACAGUGCGGUUUAAUCCUAAUUUGUACAACGAUGGAAAGAUCUGUUUGAGCAUACUAAACACGUGGCACGGUCGGCCAGAAGAAAAAUGGAAUGCACACACUAGUAGUUUCCUUCAGGUCUUAGUUUCGAUACAGUCGUUGAUCCUGGUAUCGGAGCCAUAUUUUAAUGAGCCAGGGUACGAACGAUCGCGAGGUACGACGAGCGGAGCCCAAUCUAGUCAAGAGUAUAACGCGAACAUUUGUCAGGCUACUGCGAAGUGGGCGAUGCUCGAUCAGAUUCGCAAUCCGUGUCCUUGUUUCAAGGAGAUUAUUCAUACCCACUUUUGGAUAAAGAGGCACGAAAUCGUCGCACAAUUAGAAGGCUGGAUAAGGGACAUGGACAUGCACGGGACGGACCGGAGCUUUGGUCGCACCCUUUCUUUCAACGCCUUAGCUUUAAGGAGGCACUAUAGAUUGCUGAGAGAAGAGCUGAACAAGCUGCCGACUCCCGAAGGAUUGGAGGACCUAGUAGAACCUCUGGCGUCCCCAGGAUCCCCUAUCGAGUUGUCCGGGACGCCGGACACCUUAACGACAACACCGACGUCGACGGCGCCCCCGGCGACCGCACUUUCCACGUCCACCAGUAACUCCAUCGUCUCGAUGAAUAACGCUAGUGCCAGCAACCACGUUCACCACGACAUCGACACGGACGUUGACAUGGAGAAGAUGGUUUCGAAAGUGUGUGAAUAGCUACAGGAUGUUAAUAGACAUUGUUGGACAUUUUGAAGUCUAUAUUGUUUGUGUUAUGACGGACAAAUCACGGACUGACCGGUAGCGGGAAGGGGGAGAAUCCUAUUAUCCCCGCGAAUCCUCAGACGAUUUCGAUUAGGUUCAAAGUCGGGACGAAGAGGGUCGCGUCAACACUUCCGGUUGAACAAAACGACGACACCAAGCCAGGAAGAUCGACAUGGAGCUAGGGGGUAGAGACGUAUGUCUGCAUGUGUGCUUGCUCGUGCAUGCGUGUGUAGAUGCGUGACGAAUAGGGGACAGAGAGUGCGAGAGAAAGCAAAAGAGAGAGGGAGAGCGAGGAAGCGUGACGAAUGAGAGAGAGAAACGUGUAGUUGACGCGUACACGUGAAAGUAAACGAAAGAUUGUGUGCAAGA